GUAUUGUUAAACUAUUACAUGGUUUAAUUACUUCAGUGUAAGAUUCAUUUACAUUGAUAUAAGAUAUUUUUCUUGUGUAUUCAUAUAAAUAUAUAUAUACAUAUGUGUGUGUGUGGUACAUAGUUUUAAUAAGUUAUUAAAGUUCUUAUUCAAAGAAUUAUAUUCGAGUGAAGAAAUUAUUAUUGUCGUCAACGUGGCCAAAGAUGUUCGCGUCAUCAGGUAACAUCAUCGACACAAUGGCAUCGAUGAAAUUAUCGGCUAGUUCAAAAUGCGUCAAGUACCUUAUGUUUAUCUUCAAUUUAGCCUUUGUGAUGACAGGAAUAAUAUUCCUGAUAUUCGGUACGGCUAUUCAUGCAGUUUAUUACAAUUACAAUCACAUUCUUGACAAUAAAUAUUUGUCAGUACCAUCGUUGAUGAUAGCGAUCGGUAUUAUUAUCUUCUUCAUUGCUUUCUUCGGAUGCUGCGGUGCCGUGAGAGAAAAUUACUGCAUGUUGAUUACCUUCACGGCUCUAUUAAUAUUUAUUUUCAUACUCGAACUCUCUGCUGGAAUUGCUGGUUACGUUCUGAGAUCAGAUGCAGGUGAAAUUCUUGAAAAUAAGAUGAAAGCUACUAUACCGACGUAUAAAAACAGUACUGAGAUCACUCAAUUCUGGGAUGAAAUGCAACAAGAUUUCAAGUGUUGCGGUGUUAUAAACAGUACCGAUUGGAAGGCCAAAUUUCCAGAUGGCGAACUACCAAUGUCUUGUUGUUCUAAUAAGAUAGGACAAAUUGGUUCCAGUGCUUGUAACAUUACGGUGGACACUGUUUAUAAGCAAGGAUGUGAAUACACGUUUGGACAAUACAUCAAGGCACAUGCUGUACAGCUAGGUGGUGUUGGUCUUGGUAUCGCAAUUGUUCAGGCGGUAGGCAUAUGGUUCUCAAUCUAUCUGGCACGAUCUAUUAGAAAUAGUUACGAAAGUGUAUGAAGUAACAACAACAACAACAACAACAACAAAUAAAAA